AUGAGUGCCGAAGAAAAUGAUCCACUUUUGACCGCAUUGAAUGCUGAUGGACAACAAAACGAUACAACGGCGGAAUCGGCCGAUCCCGAGAGAGAAAGGGCAUUGUCCAAGUUCAAGGAUAAGUUGAUUGAGCAUAGGAAGUGGGAUGCUAGGUUAAAGGAGUUAAGGUUGAGCAUACGAGACUUGGAUUCAGAUUAUGAUAAGACAGAGAACGAUAUAAAAGCGUUGCAAUCGGUCGGGCAAAUCAUUGGGGAAGUGUUAAAGCAAUUAGACGACGAGAGGUUUAUUGUCAAGGCAUCGAGCGGACCUCGUUAUAUUGUUGGAUGUCGUAACACUAUCAAGAAGGAGAGCUUGAAAAACGGGGUGAGAGUGUCGUUGGACAUGACUACGUUGACGAUUAUGAGAAUCUUGCCUAGAGAAGUCGAUCCUUUGGUCUAUAAUAUGACAACCUUCGAACCGGGUGAAAUUUCGUUCAAUGGAAUUGGUGGUUUAACCGACCAGAUCAGAGAGUUGCGUGAGGUUAUUGAAUUGCCAUUGAAGAAUCCAGAGUUGUUCACAAGAGUGGGUAUUAAAUCGCCAAAGGGUGUAUUAUUAUAUGGACCUCCAGGUACGGGUAAAACAUUGUUGGCAAAGGCAGUUGCUGCUACAAUUGGUGCUAACUUUAUAUUCUCGCCUGCAUCAGCAAUUGUCGAUAAGUAUAUUGGUGAAUCUGCGAGAUUGAUUAGAGAAAUGUUUGCAUACGCUAAGGAGCACGAACCUUGUAUUAUUUUCAUGGAUGAAGUUGAUGCCAUUGGUGGUCGUAGAUUCAGUGAGGGUACCUCUGCUGAUCGUGAAAUUCAAAGAACCUUGAUGGAAUUAUUAAAUCAAAUGGAUGGAUUUGACACGCUUGGUCAAACAAAGGUUAUUAUGGCCACUAAUAGACCAGAUACAUUAGAUCCUGCAUUGUUGAGAGCUGGAAGACUUGACAGAAAAAUUGAAAUCGGCUUGCCUAAUGAAGCCGGUAGAUUGGAAAUUUUCAAGAUUCAUACUACUAAAGUUGCUAAGCAAGGUGAGUUUGAUUUUGAAGCUGUGGUCAAAAUGAGUGAUGGAUUUAAUGGUGCAGAUAUUAGAAAUGUCAUUACUGAAGCUGGUUUCUUCGCUAUCAGAGAGGAAAGAGAUUAUAUUCUUCAAAACGACUUAAUGAAGGCGGCUAGAAAGGUUGCAGACGUGAAGAAAUUAGAAGGUAAAAUAGAUUACGAAAAGUUAUAG